AUGUCGCAACCAAGUGACCCCCAGUACGAUGCAGUGGACGGAUAUGCACGCGACAUAAAUGGCCGCCCCGUAGACAUCGAAUCCGGGUCUUCAGCACGCGACAGAGCAUUCCCCAAAAACGCACCUCGACCUCUACGACUAAGAGACCGCGUUGUCAGAAUAACAUGGAGUUGGUUCCCCUGCACAAUGUCAACAGGCGGUCUCGCCAAUCUCCUCAACGAACAGCCCUACACUUUCACCGGCCUAAAAACCAUCGGCAAAAUAUUCUUCAUCCUCAACAUCAUCCUCUUCCUAACCUUCACAGCCCUCAUCAUCGCGCGCUUCGUUAUGAAACCCCGCGCCUUCUCAACCAGUCUGCACCAUCCGUCUGAAUCUUUCUUCUUCGGCGCUUUUUGGGUCUCUAUCGCGUUGAUCCUCACGGGUGCGCAGUCGUACGGCGGUCCGGAGACGGGACCGUGGUUCACGACUGCUAUGAGGGUGGUGUUUUGGAUUUAUUAUGCUUGUGAGAUGGUGGUGGCGGUGACGCAGUAUCAUAUUAUCUUUGAGACGGAGAGGCUUGAUAUUUCCGAGGCGUUGCCGGGUUGGAUAUUGCCUGCGUAUCCGUUUUUGGUGACGGGCAUGUUGGCGGCCAAGGUGGCGGGGAGUCAACCGCAGUGGAGUGCUGUGCAGAUUAUAGUUGCUGGUUUGAUGGGCCAGGGACUUGGAUGGAUGCUUGCCCUGUUUAUCUAUGCAGUUUACUUGUCGAGACUGAUUCAGCACAAGUUGCCAGAUGCAUCCAAGAGGCCUGGCAUGUUCAUCGCUGUUGGACCAACAGGUAACGUCGCUCCAAUCACUAUCCUCAACCUCAUGCUAACUUUUGUAGCCUUUACGUGCGGCGGUCUAAUUGCACUUGGUACCCAGGCCAAGUCCGCUCUUCCAGAUGACUUCCUCAGCACCCCUAACAUCCCCGCCGGCGAACUCUGGUCCGGCAUGUCAGUGGCCGCAGGGCUCUUCAUCUGGCUCAUGGCGAUCUGGUUCUCGGCCCUGUCCGCGAUAUCAGUCCUCCGCGCCGCUCGAAGAAUGGACUUUGGUUUGUCGUGGUGGGCACUUGUUUUCCCCAACGUCGGUCUUGCUCUGGCGAGUAUCAAUGUUGGAAACACUCUGUCAUCGAGGGGCAUCAAGAUUUUUGCAUCGACGUUGACGGUUGUAUUGGUUAUUGUGUGGUUUAUCUGUGCGGCUUUCCACAUUCGGGCCAUUAUUAGGAGGGAUUUGCUUGCUGUUGGGAAGGAUCUGGAUGUUGAGCAUGUUAAUAAGCAGCAUGAUAUAAAGGCUGAGAAGCAAAGAGAUUAG